GCAGUUGAGUCCUCUUCUCCGUGCACGUGAGAUUAGGCUGCUCUUAGCUCUCGGUCCGGUGAACCCGAGGACACCGGCAAAGUGAGAGUCCCACACACUGCGGCAGGUGUUCGGGGAAGGAUGUCAGGGAUGAGUCCGUGGAGGAGAACCAGAAGCUAACGGCUGCUGGAUGUUUGAAGGUGUUUCUGGUCCUGCUGGAGGAACAGGUGUCAGCUGCUUUCUCCAUCCCGACUGGAUCCACGCGCGCUUUACUCUGGUCUGCUGGUGCUUUUUUUAAAGUUAUUAUUACCACUGAGCUAUGUUUUGGACACAGUGGCUCGUCCUGCUGCUUUGGUGGGGGGCUACCUGUGCGGAGCAGCAUGCCGAGGAAAGGGACGGCCAACGGGAUGGGGUCAGGUCAGACCCCCGCAGGCAGCGGUCCCCUCCGCCGGUGGAACCGCUGGACUUUGGGUUUGUUCCCGCAGCGGUUUAUGACACCCACGCAUACUACGAGCCGGGGACCAUAGGAAUCCUUUUUCACAUGGUCCACGCGUUUCUUUAUGUGGUUCAACCAAACUCUUUCCCUAAAGAUCUUAUUGUUAGAAUCAUACAGCAAAACAUGGGAGGAAUUAAAAUAGAAGAAUGGAGAAAGCCAGACAACGUUGUCCUGCUGCUACAGUGGAUCCACUAUGAGUCUGGAUUCCUAAUAUGCGCGGUCUUUGGGAUCGUGUUUGUGAUCCUCACCCCCAUCGUUGCCACCUGUUUCUGCAUGUGUCGAUGCUGUGACAACUGUGGAGGUGAGAUGCAUCAGAGGCAGAGGAAAAACGCCGACUGCCACCGAGGGUUCUUCACCGCCUCGCUCAUUGCUACCACCAUCUUCAUCAUUCUGGGAGUACUUGUCGCCUAUGCAGCCAACCACAACAUCAGCUCUCAGAUCAAAAGCACUCGAAGACUCAUAAACACCAACAUGAGAGACCUGAAGACAUUCGCUAACAACACCCCAGCGCAAAUCGAUUACUUGACUGCCCAGUACACCACUGCAAAGAAUAAAGUCCUGUCAGACCUUGACAACAUUGGCCCUUUGCUGGGAGCCAGAAUCCACAGUCAUCUAGAGAAAGAGGUGGUUCCUGCGCUGGAUGCUGCCCUUCGGAUGGCAGGAGCGAAAGUUGAGAGUGCUAUUAAAGCUAUGCGGGAGACCAAGGAGGCCCUUGAAAACGUCAGCUCUGCUUUGGAGAUCCUUCAGGAAGGAAUGGGAAAGCUUCAGGCCAGUUUGACAGGGGAGCGCUCCUCUCUGUCCAACACCCUGUCUGACCCUGCCUGCACAAACGGAGCCGCGUCUCCCACCUGCAAUUCAAUCCGGUCUGCGCUGCCUCAGCUGGGAGUCAAUGCUGAAUUCUCCAGGCUCCCAGAUGUUAAUGAUGCCUUGGCUAACAUUAACACGGUACUGAAGGUAGAUCUCAGCAACAUUGUCCAAAAGGGUUAUGCCUCCUUUAAUGACACACCAGCGUUGGUAAAAGAGCAAACCAAAAACAUAGUCACAGCUCUGCCUCGAGUGAAAAACAUGCUGGAUAAGAUUGGAAAUGAGAUCACCGCAUUCUCCAAGAUGUUCCCAGUGGAAUCCUCUCUGGCUAAUUUCACCAUAUUUCUCAAUGAAAGACACAAGUAUCUCGAGUCGUUUUAUCCUCAGAUUGACCAAAUGGAUUUCUACAGGUGGAUCAUCUGCGUUGCUGUGCUCUGCACAGUCGUCCUUAUUCUGGCCUUUAAUGUGCUUGGUCUGCUCUGUGGCACCUGUGGCUACGAUAAGCAGGCUUCCCCGACAACACGUGGCUGCCUGUCGAACACCGGAGGAAACCUGCUGAUGGCUGGCGUGGGAUUCUCAUUUAUCUUUGCCUGGGGACUGAUGGGCAUCGUUACAACCAUGUUUGUUGUUGGAGGCAACGUGGAGAAGCUGAUAUGUGAACCUCUGGCUAACCGACAGCUGUUCAAGAUCAUAGAUACACCUUUCCUGGUUCAUCCUGAAAAAAGAAAUUUCCUUCCUGGGAUGCUCUUCCAGAAUCCAAACAUCGACCUGACCCUGGGCAGCAUGUACAGGGAGUGCUAUGAGAACAAUGGGCUGUAUCACGCUCUGCAGCUGGAGAAUAUCUUCAACAUCAACACCUUCCUCAACAGGACAGUGUACAACAGAGAUCUGGCUAAAGUGUUUGACGGAGUUCAAGUGGACCUGAAGGACAUCAUGCUACUGGACCAGGCCAGCAGAGAUAACCUCAUCAACUUUGCAAACUCAGGACUCGGUGAUAUUGACUAUCAAGCUUACCUGGCUGAGGUGAAUAAGGGGGUCACUCUUGUUGACCUGCUGUCUUUCUGCUCUGACCUGGAGGACCAGGCCGACCAGCUGCCACGUGGAGCUUUGGAGAACGCACUGAAGGGACACGCUAGCAGCAUCAGAACGAUCCACAGGGAGCAGGUGGUUCCACUGGAGCAAGCAAUGAAAUAUGUCAGAGCGCGGAGCACCCUCAGCCAGAGCAUCAUACUGCUGCAGAGGACAUCCAAUGACCUGCCUAUGAAAGUCACAAACAUUCUGAGUGCCAUUGAUGCAGCGGAGUACCUCAUAACUCACAAUGCUUCACAUGUUGUUAAACAGGAGACCAAGGCCUUUGUGCAGAGCCUUGUGAGUUACUUCAAGCAGUACACUGAAUGGGUUAAAAACUCGCUAACAGCAGAGGUAGCCCAGUGUAAACCCAUCAGCAACAUGGUGGACAGCAUGGAGAUCGUGGCAUGCAGCUUCAUCAUCGACUCAGUGAACACAUUUUGGAUGGGUUUGGGAGCCUGCUGCAUCCUUCUGAUUCCCAGCAUUAUCUUUUCCAUCAAACUGGCCAAAUACUACAGACGGAUGGACACAGAGGACGUCUUUGAAGAUAGGGCUAAAACACAUAAUCACGAUAAACAGGUGUGUGAUCACAGAGGAAACGUCGCCCCGCUCAGCUCUCCCUAUAAUGAAACAUUGACUUGGUUCCCUCGGGCCUCAGCUCCACCAAGUGAAUGGUGACCUUCAGGAACGCUCUUCCUUAUUAGAGUGGGCAGGACAGCUGGAACUGAUCUGUCCUGGAAAGGAUUGCUGGGAUUUGUUUCAGCUUAUUGAUCCAUUGAAGAUAAGAAAAGCCAAGAAUCAGGAACACUCCUCAUCUUGUUUAAACAGAUCUCUGAUGGCAGCCAUCUGCAAACCUAUAAAAUCCUCUCUUGAUCGCUCCAGCGUCCUUCUAGCUAUCCACGCUGUAGAAAUCCCUCAGUUCCUGCAUAUCAACACUGACUUGUAAAGAAUGAAAUUCUAUGUACAUCAGUUCAACCACAACAACUGAGAUGUAAAUUUUUUUUACACUUUCAAAACUUUAGAAAGUUUUAUAUAUCUUUUAUUUUUGGUUUUAUAUAAUGUUAGUGUUGUUGUUUUUUGUAGAUUUAUUGUUUGGUUGUUUUUUUUCUCUCUGGGUAUUUGUAUCAUAGCUUAAAUUAUUUUUGGAUGAUUGACUGCGUAGAUUUUUAGGAGAAAAUAUAAAAAAAUCACAGUCAGGCCAAUAGUUUCGG